UCCGGGCGGACAGCCCGGGCCUCGCCCGGCGCCCGCCGCGGCCGCCCCCGCCCCAGCGCAGCGGCCCGGCUCACGCGCGUCCCCUCCCCGCCGCCCGGAACCCGGCAGCCCGGCCAGACCCGCUGAGACCGCGACGCCGGCGUCGACGGCGGCUGCGACGGCCUCGGGAGCGCGUGAGGCUCCGGGGUCGCGGCGGCGAUUGGCCGGCCCCGGCGCCCGCUCCCAGAAUGCAGCGCAUGGCGCGUCAUUGAAGAGAGACCAUGAUGGCGGCGGCGCUGGGGCCCCCAGAAGUGAUCGCUCAGCUGGAGAACGCGGCUAAAGUUCUCAUGGCACCACCUUCCAUGGUCAAUAAUGAACAACGCCAGCAUGCAGAGCACAUAUUCUUAUCAUUUAGGAAAUCAAAAUCACCAUUUGCAGUUUGCAAGCAUAUUUUGGCUGUGUUAUUUUUUAGUUCUUCAUGCUUUGGAAGUAACAGUUGAAGAGAGGUGAGGAAAGUUUGUGAAAAUUGUGAUCGGUGAUUAGCUGCCACCUGCCUGAGGUGUCUUCUGAGAGGAACUAACCUCUUUGUGGUGCUAGAGCAAGGUCACUGGAUUAAAAAAAGAACAGAAACUAGUAAAGUGGACUAUGUCCUUUUUCAAGCUGCCACAGCCAUAAUGGAAGCAGUUGUCCGAGAGUGGAUUCUCUUGGAAAAAGGUAGCAUCGAGUCUCUGCGAACAUUCCUUUUAACCUAUGUCUUACAAAGGCCCAACCUUCAAAAGUAUGUUCGGGAACAGAUUCUACUAGCAGUAGCAGUAAUUGUAAAAAGAGGAUCAUUAGAUAAAUCAAUUGACUGCAAAAGCAUUUUUCAUGAAGUCAGCCAGUUGAUAAGUAGUGGCAAUCCCACUGUGCAAACUCUGGCCUGUUCUAUUCUGACUGCACUAUUGAGUGAAUUUUCAAGUUCAAGUAAAACUAGCAACAUUGGAUUGAGCAUGGAAUUCCAUGGUAACUGCAAAAGAGUUUUUCAGGAAGAAGACCUUCGUCAGAUCUUCAUGUUAACUGUUGAAGUUCUGCAGGAGUUCAGCAGGCGGGAAAACCUCAAUGCUCAGAUGUCUUCAGUAUUUCAGCGUUACCUUGCACUUGCCAAUCAAGUCUUGAGCUGGAACUUUCUUCCUCCAAAUUUGGGCAGACAUUAUAUAGCUAUGUUUGAAUCCUCGCAAAAUGUGCUAUUGAAGCCAACAGAGUCCUGGCGGGAGACUCUUCUGGACAGCAGAGUUAUGGAACUUUUCUUCACAGUACAUCGAAAAAUCAGAGAAGAUUCAGAUAUGGCACAAGAUUCUCUGCAGUGCCUUGCCCAGUUAGCUUCUCUUCAUGGACCCAUCUUCCCUGAUGAAGGAUCACAAGUUGAUUAUCUAGCACACUUCAUUGAGGGAUUACUGAAUACUAUCAAUGGAAUUGAAAUAGAAGAUUCUGAAGCUGUGGGAAUCUCCAGCAUUAUCAGCAACCUGAUAACCGUGUUCCCACGAAAUGUUUUAACUGCCAUUCCAAGUGAACUUUUCUCUUCCUUCGUUAACUGCCUCACACACCUCACUUGUUCUUUUGGGCGAAGUGCUGCAUUGGAAGAAGUGCUUGAUAAAGAUGACAUGGUGUACAUGGAAGCAUAUGAUAAAUUGUUGGAGUCCUGGCUAACUUUGGUUCAAGAUGACAAACAUUUCCAUAAAGGCUUUUUUACGCAACAUGCAGUUCAAGUUUUCAAUUCCUAUAUUCAGUGCCACCUAGCUGCUCCAGAUGGCACAAGGAAUUUGACUGCCAAUGGUGUGGCCUCUCGUGAGGAGGAAGAAAUAAGUGAACUUCAAGAGGAUGAUCGAGACCAGUUUUCUGAUCAACUGGCCAGUGUAGGAAUGCUAGGAAGAAUUGCUGCAGAACACUGUAUACCUCUUCUGACAAGUUUAUUAGAAGAAAGAGUAACAAGGCUCCAUGGUCAAUUACAACAACAUCAGCAGCAAUUACUUGCUUCACCGGGUUCAAGCACUAUUGACAACAAAAUGCUUGAUGAUCUCUAUGAAGAUAUUCACUGGCUUAUUUUAGUUACAGGCUACCUCUUAGCUGAUGAUACUCAGGGAGAGACUCCGCUAAUACCUCCAGAAAUAAUGGAAUAUUCCAUUAAGCAUUCAUCUGAAGUUGACAUUAAUACAACACUUCAAAUUUUGGGAUCUCCAGGAGAAAAGGCUUCUUCCAUCCCAGGGUACAACAGAACAGAUUCUGUGAUUAGGCUGUUGUCUGCCAUUCUCAGAGUCUCAGAAGUUGAAUCUCGAGCAAUAAGAGCAGAUCUCACUCACCUACUAAGUCCCCAGAUGGGCAAAGAUAUUGUUUGGUUUUUAAAACGCUGGGCGAAGACUUAUCUCCUGGUGGAUGAAAAACUGUAUGAACAGAUAAGUCUGCCAUUCAGUACGGCAUUUGGAGCAGAUACAGAGGGUUCUCAGUGGAUAAUUGGCUACCUCUUACAAAAAGUCAUCAGUAACCUCUCAGUCUGGAGUAGUGAGCAGGACCUUGCAAAUGACACUGUGCAGCUCCUUGUCACUUUGGUGGAAAGAAGAGAAAGGGCAAACUUAGUAAUUCAGUGUGAGAACUGGUGGAACUUAGCUAAGCAGUUUGCAAGCCGAAGCCCACCUCUUAAUUUCUUGUCAAGUCCUGUGCAGAGGACAUUGAUGAAGGCUCUAGUCUUAGGAGGUUUUGCACAUAUGGACACGGAAACCAAACAGCAGUACUGGACAGAGGUUCUUCAGCCACUUCAGCAGCGAUUCUUAAGAGUGAUAAACCAAGAAAACUUCCAGCAGAUGUGUCAGCAAGAGGAGGUCAAGCAGGAAAUCACUGCCACACUGGAGGCCCUGUGUGGUAUUGCUGAGGCUACCCAGAUUGACAACGUAGCAAUCCUGUUUAAUUUUUUAAUGGACUUCCUUACCAAUUGCAUUGGGUUGAUGGAGGUUUACAAAAAUACCCCAGAGACUGUCAAUCUCAUUAUAGAAGUUUUUGUUGAAGUUGCACAUAAACAGAUAUGCUAUCUUGGAGAGUCCAAAGCUAUGAACUUAUAUGAAGCCUGCCUUACUUUGUUGCAAGUGUAUUCUAAGAAUAAUUUAGGGCGGCAAAGAAUAGAUGUUACAGCGGAAGAAGAGCAAUACCAAGACCUGCUUCUCAUUAUGGAGCUUCUUACUAACCUGCUGUCAAAAGAAUUCAUAGACUUCAGUGAUACAGAUGAAGUGUUUAGAGGACACGAGCCAGGUCAAGCAGCAAACAGGUCUGUGUCGGCAGCAGAUGUUGUGUUGUAUGGAGUAAACCUAAUUCUGCCCUUGAUGUCACAGGAUCUCUUGAAGUUUCCAACCCUUUGUAAUCAGUACUACAAAUUAAUCACGUUUAUCUGUGAGAUUUUUCCUGAAAAAAUACCACAGCUUCCUGAAGAUCUGUUUAAAAGUCUGAUGUACUCCCUAGAAUUAGGAAUGACAUCAAUGAGUUCUGAGGUUUGCCAGCUUUGCCUGGAGGCCUUGACACCAUUAGCUGAACAGUGUGCAAAAGCACAAGAAACAGAUUCACCACUUUUUCUAGCAACACGGCACUUUCUUAAGCUGGUUUUUGAUAUGCUGGUUUUGCAAAAGCACAACACAGAGAUGACCACUGCGGCUGGCGAAGCUUUCUACACGUUGGUGUGUUUGCACCAGGCUGAAUAUUCUGAACUGGUCGAAACAUUACUGUCAAGUCAGCAAGACCCAGUUAUUUACCAGAGAUUAGCAGAUGCCUUCAACAAGCUCACUGCAAGCAGCACUCCUCCAACGCUGGAUCGGAAGCAGAAGAUGGCCUUCUUAAAGAGUUUAGAAGAAUUUAUGGCAAAUGUUGGUGGUCUCCUUUGUGUAAAAUAAACAACAGAACUUUAUGCUUAAUUUAGAUCCUUUCUGCAAAGUGCACUGAAUUGCUAAAAGUUGACUUGAGUCUUGUCCUGUUCCUCAGUUCAUUUGGCCAUUUUGGAUUUUGGAGAGCCGGAAACUUUGAUAUGUAUGUAUGUAUGUAUGUAAUGCAGUGAAACAGGAGAGGCCAACUUGGAAUCAGCUUUUGCUGUUAAGUGCUAGCCACAAUCUGUCAUACAUAUGUCUUUUAGAUUUUGAAUGGUGAUUUAAAAUUUUCAAAAUGAAAUUCCAUAUAUGUGCAAACAGAUAUGGGCACCAUGAAAUACAUAUGCAGUGCCUUUUUUCCUUUUAACAUAGGUGGCUAGCCAAAGUUUAGAAUUUUUGUCAUUAAAUAUUCAAUGGAUAUAUGCUAGGCAGUGUUUCUGAAAAUCUCCAUAGAGCGCCUGCAUCACUUGAGGAGCUGGUAAAAAGGUAGCUUCUUAGGCCCUUCUUAGGCCCUUCUGAACUGUAGACCUUCAGAGUCAGAAGGUCUGGUUGUUGGGCCCAGGAGUCUUCAUGUUAAGAAGCUUCUCCCUUCCAUCACCCCAAAAGUUUGAAAUCAAUUGAAAACUCUUAAGAGGUUUUGUGCUUUCUAGCUUUUCCUCCCUUUGAUGAUUAGGUUUGUAAUUCAGCAGGAAGGGAAAACAUCACCAGGGGUUUGUUGGCUUUUUCUUAGCUUGCUUUCUUGCUUGUCUGCUUGCUUUCUUGCCUUUCUUGCUUUUUCUCUCUCUCUGUGUCUCUCUCUUUCUUUUCUUUCUCUCUCUCUUACAUCAACCCAGUGUUGCAGGUUUUGUGUAAUACAAGUCACUAGUCAUACUCUGAUGCCUGAACUUGAGGAAUAUAUACAUGUAUAUUUUUGUUCCAUAAAAAUAACCUUAGGAACUGUAGCCAUUUCAUUGCCUUAAUUUUAAGAGGAAAAUACAAAAAACCGCGUUUUAGUAAGAAACCACGUCUUGAUGCUUCAGAGUUGGUUUAGGGUGUUAGCUGCUAUGAACCUGUGCCCCUUCCGAUCGUGUAUUUAUGUAGGUUUAUCAGUGAAAUGAAAGGCUUGUUCCCGUCUAGUCUAACUUUUUGAGUGUGUUUCUAUCCAGCCACAUAGCCCAUAUCUACUCUAAAUGGCUUGCUUAAGCAAUAAUUAUUUUAAAGGAUGUGAAUUACUGAUUCACACAGACUAUUGCACGUUGGGGCAUUAGGGGCAAUAAUUCUUCUCCAGUCAUGGGAGCCACGUGAAUUUAAUUUUAGAGAUUAAAAAUUCACUUGAGAUCCUCUACUUUGAUCUUUUAAUCAGGAUUUUUAUACAGCUGCCAUGCUCCCCUAAUUCAGUGUGCCAGCUUAAAUUAUGGAAAUAAAAGCUAAUUUAUAAACAGCGGCAUAUGAAACUCCACCUACUGCAAUACUUUCACAGCACAGUGACAGGUAGAGGACUCUGGCACAGGUGCACUCAUGAAAAUCGGCUUCUACCACGUUCCUGACACCUAUCUGCUCAACCAUGCUGCAGAUACAGUUUUUAUACCUGAUUGCACAUAGCAUAUAUGUCAUUACAUGUGAUGCUGUGCAAAACUGUGUAAUUCUGUGCUAUUAACAGUUAACAAAACUGGAGCAUCUAAAUUACAUCCAACCUGUGCAUGUGAUGUUAGGUAGAUGUGAAUGCAGGGCCUUGGGCCAUAACUUUUUGAGGAACAUGUCUCUCAAUCUGAUCACUAUUGAGUCACAAUUAAGGGGAAGCAAAAACAUCUUGAAAGACUGCUGGGAAGGAAGUUAAUGCCAGUCUUCAUGAAGUACACAUUUCUGUCUUUUAAAAAAUACUUUGAAUGAUGCAUUUAUUUUUAGGUGUUUUUUUUUUUUGUUUUUUUUUUUUUUCCCUUAAAAAACUUGAAGUGAUAUGCAGCAGUAAUCUAUUUGUUUUGCAUUGUUCUUAGUGUUUUGUGUUUCCCAGCUCCCUCAAGCUUUCUCAGCUGUUGUGAAUUAUAUGUAUCUGUGUGUGUGGUGAGUACAGUCUCCUUACCAAAGGGCACUGAAACACACAAUUGACUGGACAGGUCCACACGCCAUGAGAAAACUAUAAUCAAGUCAUUAAAAAUAAAGAUGAGUGGCAAGGGAAUGCCUUGGUAAGUAAAAAGGCAUCCGUAUUUAAUAGCUUUUAUUCAGAUGGCAACGUAUAUGCAAAAUUCCGGAUCCUAUUACAAAACUAAAAAUAGAAAAUUUCAUCUCCAUAUUCCUGAGGCGUAAUUUCAUCAGACCAGUUUUAGUUAAAAAAAGACCUUCUUCAGAUUGGACCAAAUAACACUUAACGAGAUCACCAGAAUGUUGAAUGUUGGCACACUGGGGUGGGGAGAAGCCACUACCAUUUUUUAGGUGAUGGGGAUGCCACUGAGUGGCAAUGGCUAGACCUUUCCAGGGUGGUUGUGUGCGCGUUUGCCUGAUCGGAUGUCUGUUCACGUUGUCUCUUCUAUUUUGUCCAGUUUUGUCUUUAGCUAUGUUUAUUGACUUCUCUCAUCUUGUUUCGUUUUAAUGCUCUUGGCCUAGUGGGUUUCAAGAACACUGGCUUAAUUCUAAUCAGUUGAUUUUUUUUUUUCUAUUAAAACUGACUGUUAAGUUGUUAAAACAUUUUUGAAAACAAAAACAUUAUUUGUGCCCUCUUUUACAUAUGUUAAAGGGACACUGUCAAGUAUUUCAUUUUUAAAUUUUUGUUUUAUAAGAUUUCUGUUGUUGACGUAGUGUCCUUUAACCUCCAGUUUCCCAGACAUUCUUUGUCUAUUUCUUACUUUCCUUGACCCAUUUGUUCUCCAAGGCACAAUCCCUAUAAAGACUUUGGACGUCCACAGUCUGAUAAUGUAGUAGCACCUGUAACUGUGUUUUUGUUCUGUUAAAAAGAUUGAUUUGCUUUUAUGGUCCUUGGGCUGGAUGGGUGGCUGCCUCCGAAGCAAAACUACUUGACAGUAUUUGACAGCGUCCUUUCCAACACUGUCGUUUGGGUCGUUCCGGCUGGCCGUCGCUGUUGGAAGACAGCUGCGCCGAGUUUUUGUCUGGUGUCAAGUGUGACAAUUAAUGUAAACAAACUGCAGGUUUUUUUCAAACUAAUUUUAAGAAUUUAGUCUUAUUUCAUUGUAAACUGUGUAAUUAUAUUACAUUACAUUGUUAGAUGAGAUGGUUACUACUACUUUUCCACAAUUUCCAUUUCAAAAGCAAGUGUCUAUAUAAUUUCCCCCCAGUCAGCAUUAUUUAACCCUCCCCUUAACUGUCUUUGAACUUUCUCUUUUACCAAAAAUGUCAGGUCUUUAUAGUUGUAAAUCACCAUGUUUCCCAUUUCUGUUACUACUUCUAUGAACCCCUCAAGUAUUGAAGGGAACUCUAGCUAUAAGCUUCAAGGAUUACAAGUUUGAGUCUCCUAGUAAUCAGCAUCAUUCUGAACCCUGAAAUGAUAUUUUUUUCUGUUAGAAUUUUUAUCUGUUUGCCAUCUCUGUUGUUAGAGAUGGUUGUCAAUAGACCGUACUAAGUUAGCUGUCUUUGAUGAGGAAUUAUUGUCACUGGUUCCUGAAUAAAAUAUUAAAGUCAGAAGGAACCUUAGUACUUCUUAGGGUUUUGUUUUGUUUUGUUUUGUUUUGUUUUUAAACCAGAGAAUAAGGAACUAAUUUGGAUAUGAAGUUUAACAUUAUAAUUUUCUCUAAGUUUUCCCACAAAACAACAUAGUUGAUUUGAGGAUAUAAUGUUUUAAAUUAUUUUUAAAUGUAAGUGGAUAUUCUCUGACUUGGUAACUAUAUUCUGAAAACACUGCAUUUAAUAAUUUUUAAAAAUUGAUUUUCUAAAAUUAAACUGUCCAAAUUAGGCAUAUUGCUCAGCUCAAAUUGAUUUGAAGUGCCGUGGGUCCAGUUGAACUUUAAGCAUAUUUUCAUUUCGAUCUAAAAAAUGUGAAGCAGGCCUGAUUGAUUAUAAUGAAAACCCAUGACACAGUUAGCCAAAUAAUAUGUUUGGUUCAAAUAAAACUAGAAGUUUAAUAUUGGGCAUUCAUUCUUAUGAAAGAGGAUGGAUGAAGAAAUCAGUUUCCUGCUGUAGUGCUCUGUGGGUAAGUCUUAGUGAAGACCGGAACGCUGAAGUCAGCUGUGGGGAUUCCCUCCUAGGAAUUAGGAGGUUCAGUUUGCCCAUCACCCGCUUGAGACUCACAUCUUUACCCUCCUCUCUCACUGUGGUUUGCUCUUCACCUAUUCCCAGGCCCUCCCAGCAGUUGGAGAGGUGUUUUGUGUUUUGUUUUGUUUUGUUUUGUUUUAUUUUCCCCCAGUCUGCAUUCUUAGGCCUCUUCUUAGCUAUUAGGAACUGUCAGAUACCUACUAGUAGCUAAUUUUCCUAGCCUGAAAUUACUGCAUCUGCACUAUGUACCUACUGGGGAUCUGACCUCAAGUGUUUUCUGAGCCCAGGCUUCCGGGUGUGGUGUCUUUUACCACAUAAAAUUAUUUCAAAUUGCAAAUGUUGGUAUUGUGAUUUGAUUCUCUGUACAAAGAAAGAAGUUCUAUGCAGUGAGUUUGUGGUUUAAUGGUCACAAAAAUGUUAGCACUGCUACCACUCAGCACGUGUACAAUUUUUUAAAUUUAUAAAUAUUAAAGUUUUAAACUUACACUAAGACUUCAGUUUUUUUUAAAGACCCAGGGAUGAGUGUACUGUUUAAAUAUUUACCUCUAUUAACAUAACUAAUGAAGGUAUAAAGUUGCAUUUAGUUUUUCAGAAGAUGCUACAAUAUGAUUUUAGGAAAUAAGGCUAUGUAUUGAGCCAGUUACAGGCUGAGUAUCAAGUUGAUAAAAUUUUAUUUGUAUUUUUAAAGUUCAUAAAUGGGAGUUAAAAAUGUGUCUUUUCACUAAAUAUUUUUAUU